GUGAAUCUGUAGUAACACAUCGCCAAAGGGGGUUUUGGUCCUUUGUGGGAAAAAAAAAAAACCGAAGCCAGCCCCCCGCUGUGUCCUCAACUUUUUCUCUCUAAAAACCUCUAAUCGAUCAUCCAUGGAAUGGAACAAUUGAUUCAAUUCCAACCCAUAUAAAUACCCACUUGAGAGUCAAACCCACCUCUUCCAAUUUCAUGGAUUCACCAAACCCGUCAUCCUCCUCCCCUAUGCGAGUCCUAGCUCGCCCCCCAAAUCCAACGCCGCCGCAACCCACUUCCACAGCCACUCUCACUCCCCCUAUUCCGCCGUCUUCCUCCUCUCCGCCGCCACAGAACGGCGUCGUUGUGGUGGGCUUCAUCGGAAGGCGGCGCGGUGACGUGACUCAGCUAAUCAACCGAAUUCUCGACGCCAAUGUGUUUGGUUCGGGUAAUUUUGACAAGAAUCUGUGUUUUGAGAAAGUGGGUAUUGGGGAGGAGGUGAAGCAAUGGUUUGAUUGUCGAGGAAUUAGUUACUUCCAUGAGGACGAAAAGGGGAUUCUUUAUCUGCAAUUUUCUUCAACUCGGUGUCCUGCGGUGGAGGACUUUUCAGAUUUUUCUUCUUCUUCUUCUUCUGGUUUUGAUUCGUUACUGGAAGAGCGCGAAUUCGGGGAUCUUCAAGGAAUGCUUUUUAUGUUCUCUGUUUGCCACGUAGUCAUAUUUAUUCAAGAGGGGUCACGCUUCGAUACCCAGAUCUUGAAGAAAUUUCGAAUUUUACAAGCUGCCAAACAUGCAAUGGCUCCAUUCGCAAGAUCUCAAACGACACCUUCGUCCACAUCUAGAUCUCAUCAUUCAUCUUCAUCAUCACGAACCUCUGUAUUGGGAACAAUGUCUAACAAUCAUUCUCCGGGUAGAAACAGUGGUAUCUUGAGUCGCAAUGCUUCAGCAAUAUCAUUUAUGUCGGGUUUAGGUUCAUACACCUCUUUGUUUCCAGGACAGUGUACUCCAGUCAUACUUUUUGUUUUUCUUGAUGAUUUCUCAGAUGUUAAUUCUGGUUCUAAUACUGAGGAGUCAAUUGACACGUCCUCAUUGAAUCAGUCUUCAAGUUUGAGCAGUUUAGCUAGGCCAAGCUUGCCUAUGAAAGGAUCAGGACCAGUUGUUGUGCUAGCACGCCCUGUGAGUAAAUCUGAAGGUGGAUUCAAGAAGAAAUUGCAGUCAUCUCUUGAAGCACAGAUCCGUUUUUCAAUUAAGAAAUGUCGGACACUCACAAGUUCUGAAACUAGUCAUGCUGGUUCAAGAAGUGGGGCUAUCUCAAAUUCAGCACCUCUGUUUUCGCUUGAUGCAUCCAAAGCAGUUGCAUUGUGCGAUAGAUCUUCAAAUCAGAGAGGUGAAUCUCUUGAUUUUGCCACUGGCCUUGUGGAAAGUGUCUUGAGUGGAAAAGCAACCUCAGAUUCCCUUUUGCUUGAAAGCCAUAGUCAGAGUGCAACCAAAGAGGAUAUUCUAUCUGUUAAAGAGUUCAUUUACAGGCAGGCUGAUAUUUUAAGAGGAAGAGGGGGAUUGGUCACUAACACCAACAGUGGCUCAGCUGCUGGUGUUGGUAUGGUGGCUGUUGCUGCAGCCGCUGCUGCUGCAUCAGCUGCAUCUGGAAAGACUAUUACCACUCCUGAACUUCCCAGUAUGGACAUUUGGUUAUCUUCUAGUCAACUUAUUUUAUGUGGGAUUCUUUCUGCAAAACGUGGGUAUAUAAUUGAACCUGAAAACAGUAAAAGAAACCCAUGUCAAAAAAACACUGUUGCACCUGCAGUUGAAGGAAUUGUUCCAAGAGUUGCAGAUCCUCUAGAAAUUGCUGUCUCUUGUUUGGAGAAUGGUAAAGGACUUAACACUAAAUUUUCUACUUUGUGGUGCCAAAGAGCCCUUCCUGCUGCUAAGGAGGUUUAUUUAAAUGACUUACCCGCUUGUUAUCCUACUUCAAAGCAUGAAGAGCAGUUGGAGAAGGCCUUGUGUGCUUUCUGCUCAAUGGUCAAGGGACCUGCAGUGCAAAAUUUCAUGAAAAAAUUAGAGGAUGAAUGCACAUCCAUUUGGAGUUCUGGAAGGCAACUCUGUGAUGCAGUCAGUUUGACGGGAAAACCAUGUAUGCACCAGAGGCAUGAUGUUAAAACUGAUGGUUUGCUUUCAAGCGAUGGGGUCAAGCCACAUUCAAGCGGAUUUGUUUUCCUUCAAUCUUGUGCUUGUGGCCGUUCACGGCGAUUGCGAUCUGAUCCUUUUGAUUUUGAAACAGCUAAUAUUACUUCCAAUUGUUUUGCGGACUGCGACAACCUUCUUCCUGCACUCCAAUUGCCGCAGGUAAAGAAUGCAGGACCAAUUCAGUCGUUGUCAUGGAGUUUGAUUCGAGUUGGUGGUGCAACGUACUAUGAGCCUUCUAAAGGAUUACUUCAGAGUGGGUUCUGUGCCACUCAGAAGUUUCUUUUGAAGUGGACAAUUUUUCUUGAGAAACCUAAACGCCAAAAUUGUUCAUUAGCUAGUGAUCCGCAGCAAGGUUCUGUAAGUACAAAACUACUGAAUGAGUUUAUUGCUGGAGGAGAUAUAAAGAAAUCUGGUGCUUCUCAAAUGAACAUAAAAGAAUCGCAGAGUGGAAAUGAAAUUCAAAAGGAGCCUCCCUCGCAAAACAACCCUUCUGAUGAGAAAAAGAUCAACUUUGGUAGAGGCAUUCCUAAUUUUACAAUGAGAAAACCAUUUUCUGAGGUUGUUGCUGGAUCAGCAGCAGCUGUUUCCGGAUUCCCUCCUUUGCAGUCAAGGAAACUACCUUCAGUAGGUUCGGAAAAAGGUAUGAAGCAAAGCUCUGCAAGAGACGGAGAUGAAGAACGGGUCAAUCAUACUGCUGAUUAUCAACAAUCUAAAAAAUCUGAAGACAUCACUGCUGUUCAGGACACUGUAAAUGGAAAUGGAAUAGGUGUUAAUGGGUAUGCAGAUGGCAAUCCAAUUUUACAGAUAGGUAGCAAUGUUGUUCCAGUGAACAUGAAUACUGGUGAAAAGGUCAAAUUAAACGAUUCUUUGAAGAAUGUAAUCGUAUAUGUCGGAUUUGAGCAUGAGUGCCCCAAUGGCCACCGGUUUAUAUUGACACCAGAGCAUCUCAAGGAACUUGGUUCCUCAUAUUCCUUGUCUGAAGAAUCUCAUAUCCCCUCAUCUGCGGAAAAUUCAGACAACAAAAUGGCAAAUCCUUCAAAAUUGAGUAAGAAUGGUGGCCAUGGUAAAGCUCAUCGAAACUCAAAUGGGAUGAAUACUAGUGCUGUUCGUAAGGUGAGAAAUCUGGACAAGACCAAAGAGAUAGCAGCUAAUAGUAAUCAUUACUUAGAUGAGGUGGCGCAGUUCUCUGGGGCAGGAAAUGAACAGAAUUCCGUCAAAGAUCUUGCAGAGAGCCUUUAUGCUGUUGGUCUUAAUGAUGGUGCUUUCUCCUUAUUGAAUAGAAAUUUACCGAUAUACAUGAACUGUCCGCACUGCAGGACCUCUAAGAAAAAGAAGGAUCGCCCUACGACUAAAUUUGCUGGAACAAUAUCACAGCUACAGAGGAUCUUUUUGGUCACACCUCCUUUUCCAGUCAUUUUAGUCACAUGCCCAGUCAUACAAUUUGAGACAUCAUGCCUACCGCCAUCUGUUUUGGACCGUGAACAAAAGUUGGAGUUCAGCUUUGGAUGUCCAGUGAUUUUACCACCAGAGAGUUUCCUUUCCCUUAGACUCCCAUUUGUUUAUGGUUUGCAAAUGGCAGAUGGAAGUCUGCAAUCUCUUAGACCUUUUGAACACCAUCCAGAACUGACUGCCUGGAUUACUAAAGGUACAACAUUGCAGGUCAUGUCCAAGGGAAGCAAUCUGCAUGAGGGAUUACUCACAUAAUCAAAAUUAUGGAACCUUAAAAUUUGGAAACUUGUGCUACUUCUGUAACGAGUUUGGAGGCAGAUGUUUAUGAAGAGUCAUCCAGUCUCAAGAUAAAGAUGUUAAUGGGUUAACAUUGUGGUGCUGUUGGGGAAUGGUGAACUGCUGUUAAGAGGAUGAAGAGAAUUAGAGUGUUCAGUCUCACCAGCUCACAAUAGGACCUCUAAAUGGCUGGUUCCUGAGUUGGAGAAUGCCAUAGCGUCAAGGAAUCUAUAUGAAGCAUCUGUUCAACUGCAGUAUCCUGGAAAGAUUUGGGCUGUUGCUUUAGACAUGGUUCAGGACAAGUCUAAGCUGCCAUGGGAAGUGUUCUCAUCACAGGCACUUCCUCACAACUGCUUCAAUCAUUCCUUGAAAUCAUUACUAAGACCAGAUUUGUCACAUUGUGAGGGUUGAAACAGCCUUAUGAAAGGGAAUGCCACCGGCAGGACAUUCGCAGACAUAUCAAGACCAAGAAGAGGGCUAUUGGCAAUGGUUUCAGGCAAGUUUUUUGGCGCACAUUAUUUUCUGUCUUUUUUCUGUUGCUUUUGUUUCUUGUGUGUUUUGGAUUCUUCUUUCCGAUCCCUUUGUUAGUUUUGUUUUGUUCUUCAUCCUUUGCUUUUCAUGUUCUACAGUAAUCGACAUGUUAGACCAUAAGAUCACUGCUCAAAAACCAUAUUUGAUUGAGUCAUAAGACGUUGUUUAACAAAUUCGUCUUUCAUCGUAUGAGAAUUUUUUAAUGUCCUUUCAUGAACUGUUGGCAUUUACAAUUUUUUGAUGUGGGCCGCACAUUUAUUUGUA